CUGGGCUUGGUCUAUGGUUCGUUCCGUUUCCGCCCUGUCAUCCUGGCUUUUCUCCGGUCCUCGGGGCCCAAUUCCAGAAGAGGACAGCUAAACAAGUGAAAACAGUUUAUUAGCUAAACCGACUACAGUUUAUUAGCUAAACUCUGAAGUAAAUCACAGCGCCAGAUCCGUGUACCGCGGAGACAAAGAGAGGAGGAGGGGCGGGGUUUCAGCAGUUUUACAUGAGACGAGAUAUUGCUUCCUAGUUAAGCUUACUGGUGUGUGUGUGUGUAGAUGUGUGACGGCGGUGUGUGUGAAGACAAGCCCCCGCCCCCCCUGUCAGAAUGAACAGCCAAGGAGGCGGAGCCAAGGACUCUGUGUCGGGAACCUACAACUCUCGGUCCCUCCCCUCUGUUCCUGAGGAGAAACACAAACGAAAUAAAAUCAUCUCCAUGUUCGCCUCAGAGAAAGGCAGGAAGAAGGAUCGGGAUAAGGACAACAGACCAGAGAUCUCCUCUCCGUCAGACUUUGAACACACCAUCCAUGUUGGCUUCGAUGCCGUCACAGGAGAGUUCACAGGCAUGCCAGAGCAGUGGUCCAACCUGCUCCAGACGUCUAACAUCAGUAAAUCAGAGCAGAAGCAGAAUCCUCAGGCUGUUCUAGACAUUCUCAAGUUCUACGACUCCUCCACCGCAAAACAGAAAUACCUCUCCUUCUCAGAAAAAGAUGCACAGUCGCCUGGAAAGCAGGGUGCCACGUCCUCGCCAUCAGGCGGUAAAGACGGUGAUGAUGAUGACGAUGAGGAUGGAGACGAAGCUCCGCCCCCUAUUGUGGCGCCACGGCCUGAGCACACCAAAUCAGUGUACACCAAGUCUGUCAUCGACCCACUUCCCCCGCUGCCAGAGCCUGACUCCGCCUCCAACAGGAACAAGAAGAAACAGCAGGGCAAGAUGACUGACGAGGAAAUCAUGGAGAAACUACGAACCAUCGUCAGUAUUGGAGAUCCCAAGAAGAAGUACACACGCUAUGAGAAGAUCGGCCAGGGAGCGUCUGGUACUGUCUACACAGCCAUCGAUGUUGCCACUGGUGCAGAGGUAGCUAUCAAACAGAUCAACCUCCAGAAACAGCCGAAGAAGGAGCUGAUCAUCAACGAGAUCCUGGUGAUGAAGGAGUUACAGCAACCUAACAUCGUCAACUACGUAGACAGUUUCCUGGUAGGUGAGGAGUUGUUUGUGGUGAUGGAGUAUCUGGCCGGAGGUUCGCUAACGGACGUUGUCACGGAAACAUGCAUGGACGAGGCUCAGAUCGCUGCUGUGUGCAGAGAGUGUCUGCAGGCUCUGGAGUUCCUCCAUGCCAACCAGGUGAUCCACAGAGACAUCAAGAGUGACAACGUUCUGCUGGGAAUGGACGGAUCUGUCAAGCUCACUGACUUUGGGUUCUGUGCCCAGAUCACUCCAGAGCAGAGUAAGAGGAGCACCAUGGUGGGGACUCCCUACUGGAUGGCUCCUGAGGUGGUGACCAGGAAGGCCUACGGACCCAAGGUGGACAUCUGGUCCCUGGGCAUCAUGGCUAUAGAGAUGGUGGAGGGAGAGCCCCCUUACCUCAACGAGAACCCACUCAGGGCCCUCUACCUGAUAGCCACCAAUGGGACUCCAGAGCUCCAGUCUCCAGAGAAGUUAUCUCCAGUGUUCAGGUCCUUCCUGUCCCGCUGUCUGGAGAUGGAUGUAGAGAAGAGAGGAGGGGGGAAAGAACUACUGCAGCAUCCAUUCCUAAAGCUGGCCAAGCCUCUCUCCAGCCUCACCCCUCUCAUCCUGGCAGCCAAGGAGGCCAUGAAGAGUAACCGCUAACCCUGGUUAGCCACAGAUACACUGGAUUCCUAUGUCUCUGUGUUAGCCUGACCGCUAACUGCUAACUACUAGCCUUACCAGCUAACUUCCAGCCCUACUGUGCCAUCUCGUCAGUGCCUCUCUAACUGACAGCAUCUCCUCCUUGAUGCUAAACGCUAGCCUGCUAGCGCCCUGGCUCGUACACCUACAAGUCACACAAGUCAGCCUCCUGCUCUGUUUGACUCCCCUUCCCCUCUGUCCUUCACCCCUCACUCCAUAUCACACACCAGUCUUCCUAUGUCUCUUACCCCCUCCCUCCCUGUCUGUCCCUCACCCCCCCUUCCCCUCUGUCCUUCACCCCUCACUCCAUAUCACACACCAGUCUUCCUAUGUCUCUUACCCCCUCCCUCCCUGUCUGUCCCUCACCCCCUUCCCCUCUGUCCUUCACCCCUCACUCCAUAUCACACACCAGUCUUCCUAUGUCUCUUACCCCCUCCCUCCCUGUCUGUCCCUCACCCCCCUUCCCCUCUGUCCUUCACCCCUCACUCCAUAUCACACACCAGUCUUCCUAUGUCUCUUACCCCCUCCCUCCCUGUCUGUCCCUCACCCGCCCUCCAUUUUCCUCACCCUCUUUUUCAUUCAGACGUUGAGGUUUUCUUGUUCUGUUUGUCUCUCUGCCUGCUACCUGUUCUUUCUCUCUCUACUCUGACUAAGAAACUUAAAGGUGCAAUCUGUCAUUUUUGUUUGUCCCACAAACAAAUAGUUCAUUUCAAGCCUACAGUAUCAGUGUUGCAGGACACCUGCAAAUAAAACUACAGAUUGCACCUUUAACAAAAUGAAAGAAAAUAAUUGCUGUAUGGAACUAUCUCGGUAUUCAAUUCAAAUAUUUUGGCAGCAAAACCAAAUAAAACAUUUCAAAAUCGUUUUGUAUAUUAUGUACUUUGACAAACGUUGAGGGGGGGAAAAAUCUGGAUAUUUAGACAACUGUUUUUUAAUGUGUAUGAAUACUUUUCAUUUUGUUUUUUGUAACUAACAUUCUGCUAGAAACGUUUCAUAACGGUGUGCCUUAAUGAACACAACCUCUAGGCUCUAUGGGGGGGUGAAGCCCAACUGUCACUUCAUUAAGGUGAAUUUUCACUUAGUCUCCCAUUGACAUCAACGCAUGACUACGUGAAAACGUGACUUAAGUGGAAGUUAGGAUUUUCUCCAAUGAUUGGCCAAUCAAAAAGCAUAGUUCCAUUCCAUUUCACAGACAUUCCAGUCAGAGAGGUUGAUUGGUUGUCUGAUGAGGGGGAGGAUUUUAAUGAGUAUCCUCUUCUGUUGUUCAUUUUUAAUUAAUGAAGCCAAACCUUUUUUUACUGGAAACAAUGUAUUUUCAAACAGUCUAUGUAAAUGAUUAUUAAAGAUAGACUUGAACUAA